AUGUCAAUAAUUCAAAAGAUGAAAUCAAUCGCUUUGCUACUGACUGUGCUUGUGAAUGCGGUAGACAUCAGUGAAGCUGAAAGUCACUCUUCAGUUUAUGUUAAACACAAACCUCACUCUAAUUUACAAGAUAUACAAAACACAGCGCAACUGAGACCAGGACGUGAACGGAUGUCGACAAACUACGACCAAACGAAUCCCCCACACCAGCAUCAUGAAUAUUAUUACGAUAAUCCCCAAGAAGCUCUUUUGACAGAAAUUGUCAGUUUAUUACAUGAUAUUAAACUAAGUUUGGUAUCGCAAAAACAACAUUCACCCUGUCAAACCGUCUACGUCCCUUAUCCUUUUCCUGUGCCAUACUCAGUCCCGCAAUAUAUUUAUUCCCAUGAUGAUAGUACUUUCAAGAAAAUCGACGGUAUAGAAAACUCUUCAACGGUUGUACACAAUCAUAACAGAGUCGAUAAUAAUGACAAUGACUUUUCGAAGCCGAUUUUAUCACAUUCUGUAACGGAAGUUUUACCUUCGUCGAACAAAAGCAACCAUAGCAAAGAUGAAAAUACUAUUUAUUUUCCUGAACCUCCUGCAGUACUAACUGAAGACGAGGUUAUUCAGCCAUCGAAGUGUGAAGCUGCUAUUCUCGCUUGCUGCAAAUAUUCACAAUCUGAGGAUCAAGAGAAGUGCUUCUUAAUGCACAACUGUAGUCAAACGAACGCUACGGAGCUUGCUUGUAAAAAAAAAGUGCUAGACACAGUUGUACAGAAAUUGGUAGAAACAUAUGCACCUAUAGAUAAAUAA